AUGUCGUCUUCCACGAUUCAACCAUAUCUCAUCUUGGCCUGUUCAUCGGCUGACGAGCCCAAGGAGCUCAUCCACACUGUUUUGCAGUCUAGAGUGUGUGAGAAGAACAAGUAUUGUGAUGCUGUUUACAAGUUUGACGUGCCCGAGAACCUCAAAUUCGGCUCCUUUGAUUCUCUCAUCAGACUAGUAGAUGACCUUUCCAAACAAGACUCUCAAGUAGAAGCCGUCCUUCGCCGUAUCGAGAGGCAGCUGCUCGAGCUCGACCCCAACACUGAGUUCAAGGUCGUCUCUCAGAGAGCGUCACUAUCUGCAGAGGAGUACAUCACCAAAUUCCACUGGGAUGACGCCAAGUUCCCCCGCACCAGGAACAUUCAGGACAACCUCAGUCUGUUGUUGACGAGUAUUCAAAAGCUCGAUGAGGAGGUGAAGUCGAAGAGCCAAGCUUAUUCGGACCUCAAGACACAGUACUCUCAAAUGAGCAAGAAAGAAUCCGGCUCGUAUGCUCAGCGCGACUUGACAGAUGUCAUUACCCCCAACAGUGUGCGCGAAGGCGAUUUCGUUGAGACCGAGCAUCUCACUACUGUCGUCGUGGUUGUUCCCCGCGGACAGGACCAGGACUUUUUGAGUAAAUACGAAUCGGCUGCUACUAAAGUGGUGCCUCAAUCGGCCUCGCCUCUGAACUUGCCUACUGAUAAAGAUGGUGCCAAGCUGUACAGAGUGGUGGUUUUCAAAAACAGUGUCGAGGAGUUCGCCAACAACAUGCGACACGCUCGCUUCAACUGCCGUGAUUUCACCUACGAUGCUACCAAGUACGACGAGCUGCAGAACGCCAAGGCCCAUAUGGAAAGCGAAGUGAAGAAGCAAGAGGCUUUUCUCAAGAGGGUAUGUGCUGCUGCGUUUUCCGACACUAUCGUUGGGUGGAUGCAUCUGAAAGCGAUGCGAACUUUUGUGGAAGCUGUUCUCCGCUUUGGAGUGCCACCGAAUUUCGCGGCAUUCAUCGCAGUGGUCGGGAAGAAAUCUCAGGCGAAGCCUAUGAAGCUCCGCAGUGAGCUCAUGGACGUCUUUUCGAGUAGUGGCUUGUUUGGCAAGAACUACCUCUCUGGUGCAAAGGCUGAGAAACAGCAGGGAAGCGCUGCUACUGAUGAGGAAGGCAGCGGUGAAUAUUAUCCCUAUGUGUCGCUGAGUUUCGCUCCGCUUCUUUCUACCAAGAAUACCAGCGCUUAG